AUGAGCCAAGAGCCAGUAGUCGGAAGCAUUGUCGAAAUCCCUGUCGGCCGCGGCGUCGUACGCUUCACUGGCGCUACCUCCUUCUCUCCCGGCAAAUGGGUCGGCGUGCAGCUCUACGAUGCCAAGGGCAAGAACGAUGGCUCCGUGCAAGGGGUUCAGUACUUCACCUGCCCGAUGAACUAUGGCGUCUUCGUGCGCCCUAGCCAGGUGAAGGCGACCUCGAGACUUGGUCCAGGAUCGCCCGCGAAGCGCGCGUCCAUAUCCUUGCAGCCACGCAAGUCUCUGUCCUUGAAGCAGUCGCCUCCCGGGCACGAGCCAAGUCUGUCGCGGGAGCCGUCUGGUUCAAGAAGACCGCCUGCGUCGCCAGUACUGUCUCGACAUCAGACGUCUUCACCUUUGAUAACACAAACUCCUCUCCUUGCCACGACACCACCGCGAACGCCAUCACCACCAAUACCAACCAUCAGACCCGGUUCGCGCUCAAGUUCGCCCAUAAACAAUGCUACACCCCCACAACCCCCACCCGACGACACCGAACUGCAAGAGCUACGCGCCAAACUCCGCGUCCUCGAAGCCAAGCGCGGCGACGACUCCCGCCACAUCCGCGAGCUCGAAACCCGCCUAGCCGAGGCCGAGUCCUUCGUUGCCCUUCGCCCCAAGCUCCAGGCCAAGCUCAAUCAGCUCCAGACCGAGCUCAUCGAGACGCGACGCGAGCUUGCUGACGCGCAGCAGCUGUCCCAACUCAAUGAGGGCCGAAAUGUGGAUAAUCAGGAGCAGCUGGAGAUGGCGAUGUUGGAUAAGGAGAUGGCGGAAGAGCGGGCGGAGCUGGCGGAGGCUGAGCUGGAGGAGGUGCGGGAGAGGCUGGCGGCGGUGGAGGUGGAGUUGACGGUGAGGAGAGAAGAGAAUGGCGAUGCCAUUGAUACCGAGGCCGGCAAAGAUACCCUCGCAUUCAUCCAACUAGAGAAGCAGAACGAACGGCUGAAGGAGGCGCUCAUCAGAUUGCGGGACGUGACGCAGGAAACCGAUCAGGAGCAGCGUAAGCGACUCGCUGAACUGGAGAAGGACCUCGCCGGGUUUGAAGAGCUGCAGACCUCAUACGAAACCACCCUCAUCCAACUCACGAACGCCGAGAUUCAGGUCGAGGACCUGAAGAUGCAGCUCGACGACGCGCUCGGGGCGGAAGAGAUGCUCGUAAAGUUGACGGAGAGGAAUUUGGAGCUGGGCGAGAAAAUCGAAGACAUGCGCAUCACCAUUGAGGAUCUCGAGGCUCUGAAGGAGCUCAACGACGAGCUGGAGGAGAACCAUGUUGAGACUGAGAAGGCGCUCAAUGAGGAUCUUGAGAAGCGCGACAUGGAGAUCCAGGAGCUCAAGCGCGAGGUCGAGCGCUACGAGGAAGCGUGCCAGGAUCUGGAGGGCACGAUCUCCCAGUUUAGGGAGCUCGUGCUCAACUUGCAAUCCGAACUCGACACCCUCCGCACCCAGACUCAGACCGCGCAGGACGAAUCCGCGAAUGCCGCUUCCCAGACCGCCGCGGUCAUGUCGCUCAACAUGAAGUUGCAGUCUUCUGCGUCGAAGAACCAGGCCAAGCAUAUCGAGCUGGAGAUUAAGAGGCUGGAGGCAAGGGAGUCAAAGGAGUUGUUGGAGAUUGUGCAGCCCUUCCUCCCGCAGCUCUACGUCGAGCAGGACAGCUUGUCGAUCAGCUGCUACUUGUUCUUCCUCCGCCUGUCGUACAAGGCCGACCUGGUCAGCUCCGUUACCGCCCAAGCUCACGGUCUGCCCGAUUCCCUUCACGGUACCGUUUCGGAUGUGCUCGUCGGCGUUUGCGAGAUGCGCGGCCGCCUUUCCGCCCUAUCCAUCCUCUGCCGGCGCUUCGCGGCCAUCAUGCGCUGCUGUGACGUCGAGACCUUCCUCAAUAUCGGUAGGAUAUUCCCGGAUAUCGCGCCCAUGGAGAAGCGUUUGGACAUGCAUGUUGAUCUCCUUCGCCGCGAUGAGUUCAGGGUGCGGGAGUGUGUGAGCGAUAUCCUGAAGAUGCAGGCGCAGUUCGACCACCUUGCGGAGACGUACUUUGAGGGCUUCCCGCACGAUUUGGGCGAGCGGCAAUUAGGCUAUGUGUCCUUGUUUGAUCACGAUCUGGAUAUGUUCCUUGGGUCCAUGGGUCUGAUCAAGACGACUGUGAAUGCAGUUUUGAAGGAUGAUGAGAUCACUUUCGACAUGGGCGGGUACGACAUCGAUGCGGAGCUCUUCACGCCGAUGCAGAAGCUGCUUGACCAGAUUAAGCCUGCGAAGAACACUGCGAGGAAACUGGUCAAGCGCUUCGAGGACCUGACGCAGGACUCUAACGCAGUCAAGUCGGCAUUCGAGCCACGCUUGAAGGUUCUGAGUAACUCAGUUCCAGAGCUCGUCAACUUCGGCUUCGCACUGGCGCAGCAAAUCAUGCCCCAUCUGAAGGACGCUCAGGCCGGCAAGUCUCCCUUCCAGUUGACGACGAUCAUUGGCUUCGUCAAGCAGUCUGCGACGUCCACGGCUGCGAAGGGUCUUAAGCCGGGCGUGUCUGUCUGGGAUGCGCUGGCCGAGCCUAUCACGCAACUGGUGCAAGAGUCGUCAAACCUGCUCACGGAGAUUUCUGAGCCCAGCGUCGUCACGAAGGUCACUGGCAUCGCCCCUUGGAUCACCCGCGUCGAGCAGAUCAAGGCCAGCCUCGCCGUUAACGUCGAAGCAGACCGCAAGCUCGCACAGGUCUCGGACGAGAUGCAGGGCCUCGUACGCAACAUCAAGGCGAAGGACCAGCACAUCCAGGAGGCCGCGGUCAAGAUCGAGCUCAUGGAGCGUCGCAUGGAGGCGGCGAAACGGCAGGCGGACAUGGUCGUCGACCUCGAGGCGGAGCUUGCGAAGGCGCGGAAGGAGAAGCAGGCGUAUGAUGAGGCGAUGGAGCAGCUGCAGACGGAUUUGGAUGCGCUUGAGCAGGAGAACGCGAAGUUGAAGGCGCAGACGGCGGCUGGGGAGCGGCAAGCGUCGGGUCCUCAGCAACCGGAAAUGGAGAGCGUGCCCGUCGAAGGCAGCCUCGAGACGUCCUACCUCCUGGAGCAGGUCGACGCCCUUCGCGGCACCGUCCGCUUCCUGCGCACCGAGAACUCGUUCCUCAAGGGCCAAGACCUACUCCGCGAGAUCGAGGCUCUUCCUCAGCUCGACUCCGUCAGCCGCAUGUCGACUCCUCCCUUGGACCCCUCGAGCUCUUCGGACGAAGACUCUGACGACGACUAUCCGCGUACGCCGCCAACUAUGCGGUCCCUGGCCGUGGAGACGAAGCUGUUAUACCGCGAUGUGAUCAAGUUCUCGUCCUCGCCACGCGUCGUCGACCUGUCGAAGCUGAACGCGCGGCGGACGGAGGCGAAGACCGGGCGUGUGUGGCUGCCGAGGAAGGAGACGCCCGCGUACCACAUCAUGGAACGCAAGCGCGAAGCGGAGGCGCUCAGUAGACGUGUGCGCGGCCUUUUGGAGCGCGCAAGCGGAAUAUAG